CGUCACGUGACGUGCCGUUGCGUUCUGUGGCGCAGAAUGGACCGAACGGACGUUACAGUCACUACCACACGUGUGCAAGCGCGGAGUUGCGUGCUCCACAAGCUGUGUACCGCCCUGCCUUGGCGAGACCGGGUCGCGAGCACGCUCGUGGUGAUACUGCACGAGAUAUAUAUAUUUUUUGUUGCGUCUGCAUGACUUUUUACCAGCGAUACGCUUGUAUCGCACCAUUCCUCGUCCCGAGAUCGUCGCACGCGCCAUCGCCGGCCGAGCCGAUCGCCGAGACAGCCUGUUGGGGGAACGCGAGAUAGAGGAGUCGGGGAGAAAGCUGAACGGAGCGGUCGACCGCAGCAGCGAGCCAGGAUGCAGGAGUCGCAGCCGAAAAAGGGCAAGAAAGGUAGGAGAAAGCGCAAUGACAGCGAUGAAGACAUUGAACAAGUAUUGGCAGAGUUGGCAUUGGAAUAUUCUGGAGACACACCAGCUACGGACAAUGAAGUUGAAAAUAAAACAGAACCAAACGAGCAAAACAUUGACAAUGAAGAUAAAAAGAAAAAGGGGAAGAAGGAUAAGAAGAAGGAAAAGGAUGAAAAGGGUGAAAAGGGAGAUGUCAAAGAUGAAACUACGGACAAUAAUAUUGUAGAACCAGAAUUAAAUAAUGAUGACGUGGACAUUGAAGUUAGUACUGUAAAGACGGCGGCUCAAAAGAAAAAAGAAAAGAAGGAAAGAGAGAAGCAAAAGAAGUUAGCUCAGAAAAAAGCGGACAUUGCCAAGGAAAGUAAUAAGAAAGAAGAUGGUGAAACUACAACUUCUGAUGAAAAGAAAAAUGAUACAGUUAUAUCAGCAAAGAAGGAGGAGGAUAGCGUAGAAGCCGAUGGUGAUGCUGCUGAGCUUGAAGAUGGUACGAAGAAGAAAAAGAAGAAAGGUGGUAAGGAAGAAACGAAAGAAAAAGCUAAAGGGCCUGGAAAGAAAACUAUUGCUGCUAUGCAAGAAGCUUUAAAGAAAUUGAAAGAGGAGGAAGAAAGAUUGAAGCGUGAAGAAGAGGAAAGGAGACGACAAGACGAAUUGCGAGAGCAGGCAAGAUUGGAACAACUGCGACUUGAACAGGAGCGCAAAGAAAAGAAGAAAUUGAAAGAAAAACAACGAAAAGAGAGAUUGAAAGCAGAAGGAAAAUUCUUAACAACGAAACAAAAACAAGACAGAGCUAGAGCACAAGCAAUGAUCGAAGCACUUAAAGCUCAAGGUUUGGAUUUGCCAGAAGUAGGAGAGAAAAAACCUAGACCAGGAACACGAAUUAGGCCAAAUAAAUUGAAGCAACAAGUUAGUGUAGAAAAGAAAGAGGAAGAAAAGAUUGAGGAUAUUGAAACAUCCGCGGCUCAAGUGCAAGUAGAAAUUGUAGAUGAACCAGUAAAGGAUGAAAAAGAAAAGAAAGAAGAAGACGAUGUUAAGGAUUCAUGGGAUGCCGAUACCACUGAUGAUGAACAAGAAGAAGAAGAUAAAUCAGAUGAUAUUCUCAAGACACAUGAAAAAGUGGAGAAACCUGGUCAAAAAGUCGCGGGCUCAGCUGAACGAGAAAAGAAAGAUUCGUCCGAAAGUGAUACAGAGAGCGAAAGCGGAAGUGAAUCUGUAUCUGAGGUUGAGAGCGAUGAAGGUAGUGAGGUGGAGGAUAAAGUGCCAGAUGCCGCACGUAAAAAGGAACGUGCAAGGGAACGAAUUCUGAAUCGCCGUAUAGAGGCAGAGAAGAAGAAGUCUUUGGAUAAUCUGAGAGCUGCCGUUGUUUGUGUUUUGGGACACGUCGAUACUGGCAAAACGAAGAUUCUGGACAAAUUGAGAAGAACGAAUGUACAAGAUGGAGAAGCUGGUGGUAUAACUCAACAAAUUGGUGCUACUAAUGUGCCGAUUGAAGCUAUCCAAGAUUCAACAAGGCAUGUAAAGGGCUUUGCUGACAAGGAAUUUAAAAUCCCUGGUCUCUUGAUCAUAGAUACACCUGGUCACGAAUCGUUCAGUAAUCUCAGGAGCAGAGGGUCUUCUCUUUGCGAUAUAGCAAUUUUAGUUGUAGAUAUUAUGCAUGGGUUGGAACCACAAACUAUAGAGAGUCUCAAUUUAUUGAAAGCCAAAAAAUGUCCUUUUGUUGUCGCUCUCAAUAAAAUUGACAGAUUGUACGAUUGGCGGACCAUGAAUCGUAAGGAUGUUCAAGAUAUAGUAAAGAAUCAAGAAUCCAAUACUCAGCGAGAAUUUGAGAGGCGGUCGAAGGAUAUUAUUGUACAGUUUGCCGAACAAGGUCUAAAUGCGGCAGUAUAUUAUGAAAAUCCAGAUCCUAGAGAAUAUGUGUCGUUAGUUCCUACCAGUGCUAUAACAGGCGAAGGUAUGGGCAAUCUGUUGGCGUUAAUAGUUGACGCAUGCCAAGGUCCUUUGGCUAAAAGAUUGAUGUACAGCGAAGAGCUUCAGGCUACCGUAUUAGAAGUCAAAGCAUUGCCUGGACUUGGUACGACGAUAGACUGUAUUCUAGUCAAUGGCGUGUUAAGAGAAGGUGAUACAGUCAUCAUUGCUGGUACGGACGGGCCUAUUGUAACACAAAUUCGCUCGCUUCUUAUGCCGCAACCGUUAAAGGAGUUGCGAGUCAAGAAUGCGUAUAUUGAACAUCGUGAAGUGAAGGCUGCCCAAGGAGUGAAAAUUGCUGCUAAAGAUUUGGAAAAGUCCAUUGCUGGAUUAAAUAUGCAAGUUGCGCAAAAACCAGACGAAGUAGACGUUAUGAAGGAAGAAAUAGGAAAGGAAUUGUCGAGCGCUCUGGGAAACAUACGGCUAGCUGAACGAGGAGUUUACGUUCAGGCGUCAACCUUGGGAGCUCUUGAAGCGUUGUUGGACUUCCUGAAAAGCAGCAAAAUACCGUACUCCGGAAUUCGUAUCGGGCCGGUCGUGAAGAAAGACGUGAUGAAAGCUUCCAUCAUGCUGGAGCACGAUAGCCAGUACGCCACAAUUCUGGCGUUUGACGUGAAAAUCGAGAGGGACGCGCAGGAACUCGCGGACUCGCUGGGCGUCAAGAUCUUCCAGGCUGACAUUAUUUACCACCUGUUCGACAAAUUCACCAACUACAGGGAGGAGCUGAAGCAGCGUAAGCGGGACGAGCACAAGCACAUCGCCGUGUUUCCGUGCAAGCUCAAGAUCCUGCCGCAGUACGUAUUCAACUCGAGGGAUCCGAUCGUGAUCGGCGUGAUGGUCGAGGCUGGAAUCGUCAAGGAAGGAACGCCGCUCUGCGUCCCGAGCAAGGACUUCGUUGACUUGGGCAUGGUAACCAGUAUAGAGUACAACCAUAAAUCCGUCGAAUCGGCUAGGAAAGGCCAAGAGGUCUGCAUCAAAAUCGAGCCCGUAUCGGGAGAAACGCCCAAGAUGUUCGGUCGCCAUUUCGAGGCGAAAGACUUCCUCGUCAGCAAGAUAAGCAGGCAGAGUAUAGACGCAUGCAAGGAAUACUUCAGAGAUGACCUGCUAAAGGCCGAUUGGCAACUCAUGGUGGAAUUGAAGAAGCUCUUCCAGAUACUCUAGGAUACGUUGAGGAUCGCGAUGGCGACAUUGUCCAAGAGCCUUUUGCUUUUCCGGCGGCUGCUCGAGAAACGGACCCGUCGAAAUCAAUCGGACCCGAUCUCCUCAAUCGUUAUCGAGUCUUCCCGAACGACGUCAUCGCGACGUCGCCGCAAGAUGCGCAUCGACGAUGCGGCAUGCUCGAAUUUGUCCAUCACCUCGAACGCGUACGAUACUUGUUCGGUUCCUCCCCGUGCUCCAGCGGGUCGUCGCAAGUUCCACGGCGUCGUCGACGAGCAUGCCGCCCGAAGAGAUGCGAGAACGUUCUCGAGCUGGCCGGCGUCCUUGGGAACGCACGCGUGGCUCUCGAGGACGAUCGACGGGAGAUGAUCGCGUUCAGAGUAUUCACAAAAUACCGGGAAAGCGGUACUCCCGUAUCUUGCCGAUGAGCAGGAAGAGAACGUAGCUGGUCGCAUUGAAGAGGAAGCUUCUUGGAAGUGCGCGAUUGCAAGAAGAGGAACAUCACUCCGCAUGGGGCGAGCAACGACGUUGUAGAUAUGCGGAAAGGAGGAGACAGGAGAGAGAGAGAGAGAGAGAGAGAGAGAGAGAGAGAGAGAGAGAGAGAGAGAGAGAGGGUGGGGGGGACGAAUAAAAUAAUUGCGCGAGAACCUCGUGUGUUUUGUAUAUGUAAUAAUCUCUUUGUAUAAGAUAAGCGCAGUUUUGCGCGGGCGGAAAAUAAAGACUAUGCGUUUUCGCAAAAAAACAGAAAAA